GGCGCCACAAAGUAGAGGCUUCGCACUACGCUAUCUCCCUCUUCCUAUAUAUGAACCAUACCACUCUCCCCUUCCCUUUCAGUAGACACAAUUUCAUCACCGAAAUGACAGACGGUCACCUCUUCAAUAACAUCUCUCUCGGCGGCCGAGGCGGCACUAAUCCUGGCCAGCUUAAAGUUUAUUCGGGGGGGUUAGCAUGGAAGAAGCAGGGUGGUGGUAAAGCAGUGGAACUUGACAAAGCUGAUAUUUCUGGGGUUAUAUGGAUGAAAGUGCCCCGGACGAAUCAACUUGGUGUUAGAAGCAAAGAUGGGCUGUAUUAUAAAUUCACUGGAUUCCGCGAUCAGGAUGUUGCUAGUUUGACCAAUUUUUUCCAGAGCAAUUGUGGUAUAACACCAGAAGAGAAACAGCUUUCUGUCAGUGGCCGUAAUUGGGGAGAAGUUGAUUUAAAUGGAAAUAUGCUGACAUUCAUGGUUGGUCAAAAGCAAGCUUUUGAGGCAUCUCUAGCAGAUGUAUCACAAACACAACUUCAAGGAAAAAAUGAUGUUAUCCUUGAAUUCCAUGUCGAUGAUACAACUGGUGCCAAUGAGAAAGAUUCAUUGAUGGAGAUAAGUUUUCACAUCCCUAAUUCCAACACCCAAUUUGUUGGUGAUGAGAAUCAUCCCCCAGCUCAAGUGUUUCGGGAUAAAAUUAUGUCAAUGGCUGAUGUUGGGGCCAGAGGUGAAGAAGCUGUUGUUACGUUUGAGGGUAUUGCAAUCCUCACACCAAGGGGUCGGUAUAGUGUUGAACUUCAUCUUUCAUUCUUGCGGCUCCAAGGACAGGCUAAUGACUUUAAAAUUCAGUACAGCAGUGUUGUUCGCCUCUUUUUACUUCCAAAGUCUAACCAGCCUCAUACCUUUGUUAUUGUUACUCUUGAUCCACCAAUUCGUAAAGGUCAAACGUUGUACCCGCAUAUUGUUUUGCAGUUUGAAACUGAUUACGUGGUUGAAAGUGAGUUGACGUUGAGUGAAGAUCUUUUGAACACAAAGUAUAAGGACAAAUUAGAGCCAUCAUAUAAGGGACUCAUUCAUGAGGUGUUCACUAUGAUAUUGCGUGGUUUAUCUGGAGCCAAAGUUACUAAACCGGGAAAAUUCCGUAGUGCUCAAGAUGGUUAUGCGGUAAAGUCAUCAUUGAAAGCUGAAGAUGGUGUGUUGUAUCCCCUGGAGAAGAGCUUCUUUUUUCUACCCAAACCACCUACCCUUAUCCUUCAUGAGGAGAUUGACUACGUGGAGUUUGAGAGGCAUACUGCUGGUGGCUCAAAUAUGCAUUACUUUGAUCUUCUUAUCAGACUUAAAACUGAGCAAGAACAUUUAUUUCGCAACAUUCAGAGAAAUGAAUAUCAUAAUCUCUUUGAUUUCAUCAGUGGAAAGGGCUUGAAAAUUAUGAACCUUGGAGACAUUAAGACUGCAGAUGUUGUGCCUACUGUCCUUCCAGAUGAGGAUGACGACGACGCAGUUGAUCCACAUCUUCAGAGAAUUAAGAAUGAAGCUGGUGGUGAUGAGAGUGAUGAUGAGGAUGAAGACUUUGUUCUUGAUAAAGAUGAUGAAGGCUCUCCAACUGAUGAUUCUGGGGAGGAGGAAUCCGAUGCCAGUGAAAGUGGAGGAGAGAAAGAGAAGCCUGUCAAAAAGGAAUUCAAGAAAGAGCCAUCAUCAUUGAAGGCAUCCACGUCAAAGAAAAAAUCCAGAGAUGGAGAUGAAGACAGUUCAAAGAAGAAAAAGCAGAAAAAGAAGAAGGAUCCAAAUGCACCAAAGAGGGCAAUGUCUGGUUUCAUGUUCUUCUCACAAAUGGAAAGGGAGAAUAUAAAGAAAAGUAAUCCAGGAAUUGCGUUCACUGAUGUUGGAAGAGUUCUUGGAGAUAAAUGGAAGAAGAUGACAGCGGAUGAGAAAGAACCCUAUGAAGCAAAAGCUCGUGCUGAUAAAAAACGUUACAAGGAUGAAGUCAGUGGCUACAAGAACCCCAAACCAAUGGAUAUCGACUCAGGUAAGGACUCCGACAGUGCAUAAAUAUCAAUCUGAAAGAAGCACAAAACCAUUAUCUCUGGACUCGGUGAGCAACUGGGAUUCUGGUGUUAUGUUAUAACCAUCUGGUAGCUAAUUCUGUAACUCACCUAGACAAACGAGUCUUUUCAUCUGCAAAGUUUCUUGAUCGUUCAAGUUAAUGUUGGUGAUUCUAAGGAAAGAUAGUCUAGCAGAACAAAAGUCUGUAGUUCCACUUUAUUUUGUGUAGCUGCAAAAUUGCCCAUGAAGGCAAAAAACUCGUCCUUACGGUGUAUUAUGUUGCCAAAUAUAGUUUUGAGUAUAUAUUGUCUAAUUUGAUUUAAA